UCUUCACGUUCCGAAUUCAUGAAUAUUUGAUGUCUGGUGCAUUUUUUGAGAGAGUUUAAGCUGAUUCAAUGAUUCAUAUUUAAUAAUUCGUCAUUUAGCUUAAUUAUUCGUCUCAUUUUUUUUCGUUUUAUUUGUGCUUUAUUGAUUCCCAAUUCGUAUUUUUAUUACAUUUUUUCAAAUUUACCAUAUGAAGUAAUAUUAUGUCGUCCAAAAACUUUUUAGAUGUCGACGAGUCGAUUAUUGAAAAAAACCUUUUAAUUCAAAGCAAUGAGGAACAAGAAUUCGAACAGUUUGUGAGCGGUUUCCUCAAUCCCGACUCAGGCAAAUUGAUUAAACCAGCUCCAGGACUUUGUAUAAAAUUAUUGAAAACCGAUAAGUCAAAAGUGUUCAUAAACCUCUGCUACCAUGCAGAUAUCCCACCUCCAGAUGAUAUAACAAAAGAAGAACUUGUAGAAGUUUUCAAUUCUAAGGAUCCUGAAAAAUUCUGUAUCCCGUUAAGUAUUGGUACAGAACACAUAGAGACCGAUAAAUCUAAUGUACAAGUUCCUGUGUAUGAUGUGGCAGUAAAUUUAGAAUUUUUCAAAAAGUGUCAAAAUGAUGAUGUGUUUCAAACAUUCAUUGUUUGUGCUACUAUAGAAGGAGUUGCUGAAAAGUUCAAAUUAGAUAUAAGCGCAGAAAAUCCAAUUAUAUUAAAGAACAGAAAAUGCAUUGGAUCUUUGCAACAACACAGAAUUCAACAACGUCCUCCUAGACCAUCAACAUUUAAAAAAAAACCUUUGAUUCAAGAAUUAAAUUCAAAAACAUCACUUUCCCAGUUAGACAUUCAUGUUAAACCUGAGUAUAGGAUUUAUGUGCAACCAGAAGAUAAUCCAAAAAAUAUAAUUUUAGAUGUUUGGAUGCCAGAAGUGCAUAGUUCACAAGAAAUUGAUUUAAAAUGUGGUGAAGAUUGUCUACUGUUAACUACAAAUAAACAAACAAAAUAUGAGUUGGAUAUAUGUUUACCAUACACAAUUAAUCAAAAAAAUGUUAAUGUAACAUUUAAUACUUCAACUAAAUUUUUAUCAGUAAUAUCACCCAUUAUUUCUAGCAAUUGAUUCUCAUAGUAAGUAUUAGAAUACUUUUCAAUUCUGUUUUUUGUAUUAAUUUUUUUUUGCACUUCAAAUUUUUCUUGUUUAUAUACAUUGAAAUAAUAAAGAAAUACAUGUAUUGAAUAAAGAAAAAAAAAUUAUA